UGUGAAUGUGAGUCACAAUACACAAACUCUCAAAAAGUUCAAACUCCACUUCGCCUGCAAACCAAUACCCUUUUUAAUAAAUUUAUAACUAAUCUGUCGCCAAACCCAAUCUAAUUGUACGAUACAAACAGAAUUUGUAAUUAAGCAGGAGAGAGAUAGUAAAGAUGCAGCAACCGGGACCAAUGUUUCCUGUCAUGCCGUCGUUUCCACCUACAAAUAUCACCACCGAGCAGAUUCAGAAGUACCUCGAUGAGAACAAGAAACUGAUAUUGGCUAUUCUGGAUAAUCAAAACCUAGGCAAACUUGCUGAAUGUGCACAAUACCAGGCUCAACUUCAAAAGAACCUGAUGUAUUUGGCUGCUAUAGCUGAUGCCCAACCUCAAACACCAGCAAUGCCUACCCAGAUGACUCAUCAUCCCGCAAUGCAACAAGGAGGGUUUUACAUGCAGCAUCCUCAGGCUGCAGCCAUGGCGCAGCAGCAAGGCACGUUCCAGCCACGACCGCCCUUUAAUAAUAGCCCACACCUAUUACAGGAUCCUCAGCAACAUCCAAAUAUCCAACACGGCCACCUGCAAGCCGGCCAAGGGCAACUGGCCAUGAGGUCCGUCGGUCCCAACAAUGGCAUGAAUCCCCAACAUAACGACGCCAAUCUCGGAGUGGCCAGCAGCAGUAUUCCCGCAUCAAACUCGAACCUCACUGACAUCCGUGGGGUAAGUAGGCAAGAUAAACCUGAUAGUCGGAUUGCAGGCGGUUCUGAUGGCCAGGGAAACUCUACUGCAGUUCGUGGUGGUGGAGAUGCAGAGGAAGGCAAGUAAAGGGCGGCAUAGAAUAAUGUAGCUGUCAGCUAUCUGGUUGUUGAUAAUAGGCGUCGUGUUGUAGAACUAGCAAAGUUUGUUUGACUAGGAAUAGUGUUUCUUUCUGCUCCUCCGUGUAGUGACAAAGGCAGGAACGAAUGAAUGAACAGUUUUUCCAUUGUGAAAAUAAUACAAGUGAGGAUGACUCAAAGGAGAAGCAAUCCAGUAAUGUAUGUCAUGCUACAUCUGUGUACGUGGAAGGUAAAGAAGUUAAUCCAUCUCAUCUUGAGAAUGCUCCAGCUCACAAUUAGGACCACAUGAUGAGCUGGAAGGAUGUUGUUGUGAGGAUGAUGACAAAACAGAAUUGAUUCUCAUCCUAGCAGAUUAAUUGAUUGAGUAUUGUAACUGAUUUGGCUAGGACGAUUCGUAGUCUAGAUCAUUCUAUGGAUCACUAUAUAAUGCUAUGUAACUGCUGUCAUUAUUUUAAUCAAUGAAAACUAUGCUUACUCUUUUUGCUCUA